AUGCAUCUGUGGGGAGAGGCGAUCAAAACAGCAAACUACAUACUUAAUAGAAUGCCCAACAAGUCCGUGCCUAAGUUACCGUUCCAAAUUUGGACCACCAGAAAGCCUAACUUACGACAUCUUCAUGUAUGGAGUUGCAACGCUGAAGCUAGAAUCUAUAACCCUCAAGAGAAGAAGCUUGAUCCAAAAAUGAUUAGCUGCUAUUUUAUUGGUUAUCCUGCAAGGUCAAAGGAAGAAGGGAAUGUAGCUGUGAUUGAGAAUGAUGAACAAGAAGUUACAACCUUGAUUCCUUUAAGUGAAACUGUAUUGGAACCUCCUCAGUUUGAAGAACCAGUUGAUAAAUAA